GUCGGUUCCUUCUUCUACACUCUUCCUGUAUCUCACUUUAUCAUGUUCGCCACACGUCUUGCCCGUCCCUUGUCCGCCACGGCUUUUGCUGCCAAGCGCACCGUUGGCGUCCGUGCAGGAAGCACAUUUGCAAAGUACAAUUGGCAAGAUCCUUUGAAUCUUGACAAGCUUUUGACCGAUGAGGAAAAGAUGGUUCGUGAUGCUGCAAACGAAUACUGUCAGGAAAAGCUUUUGCCCCGCGUUAUUGAAGGUUACCGCAAUGAGACGUUCGACCGUGAUAUCAUGUCUGAGAUGGGUGAGCUUGGUUUCCUCGGCUCCACUAUUGAUGGUUUUGGCUGUGCUGGUGUUUCAUCGGUUGCCUAUGGUUUGACUGCACGUGAAGUUGAACGUGUCGACUCUGGCUACCGCUCAGCUAUGUCCGUCCAAUCUUCUUUGGUUAUGCACCCCAUCAACGCCUACGGUACCGAGGCCCAGAAGGAGAAGUAUUUGCCUAGACUUGCAAAGGGUGAGAUCAUCGGCGCAUUUGGAUUAACAGAACCAAAUCACGGCUCGGAUCCAGCUGGUAUGGAGACCACUGCCAAGAAGGUCAAUGGUCACUUUGUCUUGAACGGCAGCAAGACCUGGAUCACUAACUCUCCCGUUGCUGAUGUCUUUGUCGUGUGGGCCAAGAACCUGGAUGAAGAGGGUGCUCCCAUUCGCGGUUUUAUUUUGGAAAAGGGCAUGAAGGGCUUGGAAGCUCCCGCCAUCAAGGGCAAGUUCUCGCUUCGUGCUUCGAUCACUGGUAUGAUCAUGAUGGAUACCGUUGAAGUUCCUGUCGAGAACAUGUUGCCUGCUGUCAAGGGUCUCAAGGGUCCCUUUGGUUGUUUGAACAACGCCAGAUACGGUAUUGCUUGGGGCGCCCUCGGUGCUGCCGAAGCAUGCUUGGAAGUUGCUCGCGAAUAUACUCUUGACCGUAAGCAGUUCGGCAAGCCCUUGGCCAGCAAGCAAUUGAUCCAAAAGAAGAUGGCUGAUGCACACACUGAAAUUGCCCUUGGUCUCCAAGCAUGUGUCCAGGUCGGUCGUCUCAAGGACUCUAGCGAACUCGCUCCUGAGAUGAUCUCCAUGAUCAAGCGCAACUCCUGCGGCAAAGCCUUGAACAUCGCUCGUGAUUGCCGUGAUAUGUUGGGUGGCAACGGUAUCAGCGACGAAUACCACAUCAUCCGCCACGCCGCUAACCUUGAAGCUGUCAACACUUACGAAGGCACUCAUGAUAUCCACGCUUUGAUUCUCGGAAAGGCCAUCACCGGUAUCCCUGCCUUUGCGUAAACAAAAGUGUAUAGAAAAAGCAUGACCCUCUUCCUUGUAACAUAAUCAUUCAUCAAUUCCUUUUUUCCCCUUUUCUUCCAUUGCCAUUAACCAUUGUCUUGUAUAAUAAAACAUACCUGUGCCUAUUCAA